UCUCUUAUCGCGAUACAUCUCUCUGUCUGUGAUACAAUCUGUAUCUAACAAAAUACAAUUUACAAUAACAGUGUUUAAAAUCAAACAUAUUAAAAACAAUGACAAUUAUGAUGAACGGAUGGAUAAUAUCAGAAUUUAUCGGUGCUUUGUUUGUUAUCAUUGCUGGGAUUUAUUUGUAUUUUAAAUUAAUUUGUUUCAAUUUUUGGAAAAAGAGAAAUGUACCGUACGAAGAACCAAUCUUCCCUGUUGGAAAUCUCUUGGAAUUGAUUCUUGAUAAACAAACCAUAGGUGAUGUUUUCGGAGAAAUUUACAUGAAAAACAAAUCGCAUCCUUUUGUCGGAGCGUAUUCAUUUUUCAAACCGAAUCUUGUGAUCAAUGAUCCAAAUUUGAUACGUUUCGUAUUAACAAAAGAAUUUGCAACUUUUCACGAUCGUGGUUUAUACUGCAACGAAAAGGUAGAUCCAUUAACAGGACACCUGUUUUUUUUACCUGGACAAAAAUGGAGAAAUUUGCGCGUACGUUUGACACCGACAUUUACAUCAGGAAAAAUCAAAAAUAUGUUUGAUACUAUACAAGAAAAUGGAGAUUUGUUGGAAAAUUUUCUAGAAAAGAAAGCACAUGAUAAGAAUGAAAUCGACGUAAAAGAAAUUUUUUCAUGUUUGUUCACAGACAUCAUAAUGUCAAUUGCAUUUGGAAUAAGUUGUAAUAGUUUGGAAAACCCAAAAUCAGAAUUUCGUUAUUAUGGAAAGAAGAUGUUCGAGCCGAGACCAAUUAUAAAUACUUUAAUGGUAUUUGGAUCUCAGAUAUUGGAUUUAUUCUCGAUACCAUUUAUCGAUAAAAAAGUGUCACGAUUUUUCCUAAGCGCUUUUGAAGAUACUGUAAAUUAUCGAGAGGCUCAUAACAUCGUUAGAAAAGAUUUUCUUGAUUUGAUAAUGCAAUUGAUGAAAAAUGGAUACGUCAAAAGUGAUGAGGAAAAACGAGUUGAUUCCGACAAUGAUACACCGAAAGAAGUAAAAAAACUCACAAUGCCAGAAGGUGCAGCUCAAGCAUUCGUUUACUUUCUGGCCGGUUUUGAAACUACCUCAUCAACGGUAACUUUUUGUCUUUACGAAUUAGCCAUGAAUCCAGAAAUUCAAAAGAAAACGCAAGAAGAGAUAGACAGAGUUUUAGAAAAACACGGUGGUAUUUCAUACAAUGCUAUCAGUGAGAUGACUUAUUUGCAUAUGGUUGUAAGCGAAACAUUGAGAAAAUAUCCACCAUUACCUUUUCUAAAUCGCAUAGCUCUAAAAGAUAUCGAAUUACCUGAUUCAAAUGUCGUCGUACCUAAAGGUACUCCAGUUAUUAUUCCACUUCUUGGAUUACACAAUGAUCCUGAAUUUUAUCCUGAACCAGAAAAAUUUAUUCCUGAACGAUUUACGGAGGAAAACAUUCGUACUAGGCAUCAAUACACUUAUUUGCCAUUUGGGGAAGGACCAAGGAUAUGCAUUGGUAUGAGAUUUGCAUUAGUACAAACAAAAGUAGUCCUUACGAAUGCAUUACAAAAGUUCACAUAUUCACCAGGACCUAAAACACCGAAGAAAAUUAAGUUUUUACCAGGAAGCUUAACAUUGAAUACGGAAGGUGGUUUAUACCUUCAAAUCCAGCCGAGAUUAUAGUUUUAUUUUGGUUUUAUCAUUAUUUUUAGCUUUACUAAUUACUUUUUUAAAUAAUCAAA